UAGAGAGGAAUCGAAAUUGGUUUUGUAGACCAUGUUCAGGACGCAACGGGGGUGAUGGCAUCAUGGUUAUUACAGAAUAAAUGAUUGAAGAGUGAUGGAAGGUUCUUGCUUUUGUUUGUAUAUAUACAUACUAUUAUUGCUAGGAAAUUGAAGACCUAAGAUACAAUAGAGAUGGCAAAGCUAUUUUUGAAACAGGCAAAGCAAUACGCAGAUGCAAGACCAAGCUAUCCUCCACAACUCUUCCAAUUCAUUGCUUCCAAGACUCCCUCUCACAACCUCGCUUGGGACGUCGGCACUGGGAGCGGCCAAGCUGCCAAAUCUUUAGCUGCAAUAUACAAGAAUGUGAUAGCCACAGAUGCUAGUGACAAACAACUUGAAUUUGCAGCCAAGCUCCCAAAUGUGAGAUACCAACACACCCCUUCAACCAUGUCGACGGCCGAGCUUGAACAAAUGGUGGCAUCUAAGGGAACCAUAGACCUUGUGACCAUAGCACAAGCCCUGCAUUGGUUUGACCGCCCAACCUUCUACGAACAAGUGAAGUGGGUUCUCAAGAAACCUCAUGGAAUCAUUGCUGCUUGGUGUUACUAUUUGCCAAGAGUUAGUGAUGCAUUUGACACUGUCUUUGACCAAUUCUAUUCCACUAAUGUAAGCCCUUAUUGGGACCCAGCUCGUAAAUGGGUUGAUGACAAUUAUAGAAGCAUUGAUUUUCCAUUUGAGCCCGUGGAUGGAGCUGAUCACACAGGACCCUUUGAGUUUGUGACGGAAACAAUGAUGGAUUUGGAUGAUUUCUUGACCUACAUAAGAUCAUGGUCAGCAUAUCAGACGGCUAAGGAGAAAGGAGUGGAGCUUCUCGCGGAGGAUGUGGUUGAAAAAUUCAAGCUUGCUUGGGGUGAAGAUGCUAAAAAAGUUGUCAAGUUUCCAAUUUAUUUGAGAAUUGGAAGAACAGGGGAUUCCUAAAGACAUAUGCAAAUGGUUGCUUUUACUGUGUGGGAGAUGUGACGAGUACCAACUUUUAUGAGUUUAUCCAUUGAUUGAAUAAUGUAAUUUUAUUGAAUUGCGUUCAUGUUAAGUCAAAAGCUUUUAAAUUCGAAGGGUACAAUUCCUACUUAUCUGGAAAGAGUUGAGCCUUAGUUUGCUAUGUUAAUUUUGUAAUUUGGUAUUGAUAAAUUUUGUUGUGUGUGUCAACCAAAUUUUGAUAGAAAAGUACUUGUAGUAAAUACUUGAUAAUUUAUUUUAA